AUGUCUGACGUUGACAAUCAAGAGAAUGAUAUGGAUCAGUUCAUCGCUGAUGACAAUGAAGAUCAAAAUGAAGAACAAGAAGAAGUCCAACAAGAUCAAAAUGAAGAACCAGAACCAGAACAAGAACAAGAGCAAGGUGAGCAACAGGAGGAUGAUUACGAUGAAGAAGAAGAAGACGAUGUAUAUACUAUUCAAUCUCAUAAGAUAAGUGAUGGAAGUCAAAUAAAAACCACCAAGAAGAAAGUGAUCAGAAAGAGUACUAAUCGAUUACCUGGUGCUGAAGAAGCCCGAGACAUUGUUUAUAAUGACCGUCAUGAUGAAUAUGCUGAUAUUGAUCCUCAUACUAGAAAGAGAUUGGCAUUAGAAGAAAAGAUGGAUCAAGCCAUCAAGCAGAAAUCUACUAGACGUAGAAAAGCUGAUGAAGAUGAUUUAGAAAGAAUGCAAGAUGAUAAGAUUGAUAUGUUAAAGGAUCAAAUGAUUAAAGCUGCCAAUGCCGAUGUUGAAAAGAAUUCUCAAGGUCAAAUUGCUACUGAUAAAUUAAAAUUAUUAAAGGUUGUUACUGAUGUAUUAGCUCGAGCUGAUUUAGCUGAAUCCAUUUUAGAUAAUAAUUUAUUAGAAGCAGUAAGAUUAUGGUUAGAGCCAUUACCUGAUGCAUCAAUGCCCGCUUAUCAAAUUCAAAAAGAAUUAAUUCAAUCAUUAGCCAGUUUACCCAUUAAGACUGAUCAUUUAGUAUCAUCUGGUAUAGGGAAAGUAUUAGUAUUUUAUCAACGUUCUAAAAGAACAGAACCAGUAUUAAAGAAAAUUGUCGAUAGAUUAAUUGGAGAUUGGACUAGACCAAUUUUAAAUAAAUCAGAUUCGUAUAAAGAUCGUUCAAUUCAUUUUGCUGAAUAUAAUAGAAAGAAUUAUAUUAAUAAAUUAGCCAAGAAAUCAAAUAAACCUCAAGAAGUUAAAACAUUAUAUGAAGUUAAUGCUGAAAAGAGAAAGAGAGCAGCUAUACCAAGUCGUAGAACUGCUGCUUAUAAGAUUGCACCAAAAGUUGAUGCUGAAGUAUUAAGAAGAUAUGCAUCAAGAGCAUCUAAUGGUAAUGAUGAAAGAUUUAGAAGAAUUAAUAAUAAAUUAACUAAUAUGAGUACUAAAAGAAAGAUUAUUAAAAAGGGUGGUCCAUCUAUUGAAGGUAGAAAUUUACCUGGAUUUUAG